AAUGUAAAAGAUUUGUCGUUUUAGAGUAGGCUGUAAAGGCCCCUUAUCCAUUUUUUUAUCUUUCCUUUCCGGCAGAUAAACCAGAACCCGGCCACUCUCAUUUCUCACAGUAAUUGGCUUCUCAAAAUCCUCGCUUUCACUUGGUUAACUCGGUGCUUUUGGUUCACUUUGAAUCUUAUAAAUUCUUUGAGAGUUUCUGUUCCCUUUCAUUUAACUAUAUCGUUUGCGAGGGAUCCGGCAUAUUAGUAGAGCUUUAGUAAGAUCAAAACGAAAGAGAAAAAUUCAAACUUUUCACUUUUAGGAAAUUAUAAAUAUCCCUUUUCAUUUUUUCAUUUUUUCAAACAUUUGGUCUCGGUGUUCAAAUGGGAUGCUAUGUUUUAUACUGACUGAAUGUUUGAUAUCAGCUGAGUAGUUUCUUGAGGCUUGUAUGACAUAUAUGAACUGGGUUUGGUCGAAAUGACAUCCAUUUCAACAGCUUGGCUGUACCAAGAUAGAGGAUUGAGGGGUGCAUUCUCAAGACAUGGCUAUUUUGUUCGGAACCCAUGUUUCAAUCAGUUGCAGACCUCGUUUUUGAGUUCAUUCCCAGCUGGAACAUUUCAAGUUAGGAUUUGCUUGAGUAAUUCAUCAAGAGUUCCUUUAUUGCCUUGUAUAAAAUGUGAGAAUAAGGAUGACACCUCCAAAGAUGUGUCUGUUGAGCGUCCACCCUACCAUAUUUAUAUGGAUUCCACAUCUGGGCAGCUUGAACCUGCAUCUGGUGCUCGUGCCAGUAUUCCGGGACGGGACUAUUGGCCAGAAGGAACUGCUAGUCGAGUUAGGGCUGCCAGAGCUCCAGAGCCCACCGGUAAAUCAGUAGGAUCUCCAUCUUAUGGAAAAAGUCCUGGAAGUAGGAGGAAGAAGCAAACAGCAUCAGUUGCUGCUUCUGAAUCUGAAGUCAGCGUAGAACUAAAUGAUCCAGUGGCAUCUGAAACUCUGGAGGAAGACCCCAAGGACAUGUCAUCUGAAUAUGUUAUUUAUCAGACUGAACCUGAUAAAGAAGAGGAAGAUGGGUAUGAACUAGACAAGAAACUAGGACGUCCGCACCCCUUUAUUGAUCCAAAAGUAAAGAAGCCAAUAGAGGAGCCAUGUACAAGUGAAGAACUGUGGUGGAACUGGAGAAAGCCAGAAAAGGAACAAUGGUCCAGAUGGCAGAGGAGGCGACCUGAUGUGGAAACGGUUUUUUUGAAAGCAAUGGCAGAGACUGGGCAAGUAAAGCUUUAUGGUGAACAUCCAACAUUGACUGAAACUUCUCUAUAUAGAGCUAGACGACAUCUUUUCAAGGAUGAAAGGCUUCAAGCUGAACAAGAGAAAUUGGAGAAUAUUGGUCCAAUAGCAUACUACUCGGAAUGGGUAAAAGCAUGGAAGAAGGAUACUUCAAAAGAAGCUGUUCAGAAACAUUUUGAAGAGACUGGUGAAGAUGAAGUAGCCCAACUGAUUGAAAUGUUUUCUCAUCAAACUGAUCGAGAGUUUCGGAUAAUGAUGGGAACUGAUAAUCGUAUACAAAGGGAUCCUUUAGCAAUGCGAAUGCGAGAGGAUCAAAUAAAGCAAAUAUGGGGUGGAGAUCCAGUUUACCCUACUGUUAACUAUAUUCAAGAUCCUAACGAGGUGAUUGAUCAUAGGGGGCCCGAUUUUCAUGAACCAACACCUAACAUGCUGGCUUACCUAAAGGAGCAUGGCAAAAUAAUAUCAAGAGAGGAGCUUGAAAAGAUUCUGGGAAAAGAGAAGACUGAAGAACUUGAGGUAACAGAUAUGGAUGAAGCUAUGGCACAGGCUGUUGAUAUAGGUGACAAUGAUGAUGAAGGAGAGGAUAGCGAAGCUGAGGUCGAUGAAGCUGAGGUUGAUGAAGGAGAUGAUGAGAAAAUUUCGCGCAAUUGGAGUGUUUUGAAAAGUACACCAGAGUUGCGCAAGUCAAAGGGUAAACCUAAGAAGAAGGAUUCAAUGUCUCUGGACGAGGCUAUAGAUGAUUCAGAGAACUUAACUGAUUUUCUUAUGGAUUUUGAAGAUGAGUAAUAUUUUUCAUUUUUUUCUUUAUCAUUAUCAUAUUAUAUUCUAACUUUUUUUUGACUCUGAGAAGAAGUUUUUGGAAUGUCAGUGAAAGAAAUAGCUUGUUAUUGGUUUUACAGAGGUUGGGAAAUGCAGUAUAUGAAUUUUUUUUAGUUAGUAAAAGUUUAUGUUGGAAAUUGU